CUCAGAUCGGCAACCAUGAGCUUAGAGAAUGACCCUUUGUACCAAGAAAUGCUCAAAGAGAAGAAACGCCUAGAAGCACUUCGCGCCUCGAAGGGCAAAGGAGUGGGGAAAGAGAUGGCAGUGGCGGCUACCAGUGAGACAUCCCCCAAACCUAUCAGUGUGGCUUCGGAAACGCCUCGACGGGAGGAGCCUGAUGCCCAACCACCAGAAGAUGACAGCUAUUGGAACAAAUCGCCCAAUGCUGCGGCUCCACAUGGCAACGCUGAUGCCACUCCAUACUAUUCGCCACCACCGGCGCCUGAGGUCGAUGACACCCUUGUUGAUGAGGUUCCUCCUGCGGUUGCCCCAGGUGACAGCGGGGCUCCAGCUGAGGCGGUUGCCCCAGGUGACAGUGAGGUGGUUCAGGUACCGGGCAAUGAGGGUACUGGAUUGACUGAUGAGGAUGCCUUAUUCGGUGCUGAAACCCCAACGCCUCCCAGUUUUUUGUCAGAACAAGCGGCGGAUCAACGGCUACGCCGGAUCAUGACCCCCAGAUCGAAUGGUUCCCUCAAAGUUCCGGCUCAAUUGGUGGAGCAGUACGAGAAGAACAAAGAUGACGAACGGUUCAUUGCCAAAGUCACCCGUAUCUACCAAAAAAUUGAAGAGUUUGCGGCAGAAGACAACUACGAGUUCUACAGUGAGCAAGACAUGGUUGAUGCAGGUUGGAGUGAGCGAAAGAUCAAGGGGGCGAAGAAGCACUGCGAUUCCAAGCCUGGCUUCACGAGGAAAUCUGAAUAUGGAGAGGGCACUUUGUACUGGGUUAUCAUCAGCCAGAAAGGCCAGCGCAAGACCACUACCCGCAACAUCUUCGAGAAGACCAUGGAGGAGGAUGCCAGUGACAACGAGAUCCCACAAGUUCCAGGAAGCGUGGGUUCGGUUAACCUUGCUUGCACUAUGGCUAGCGUCUCCACACCUGGUCCCGCAGGUGAGUCGUGUAAUGCCAGCCCUGGAGAUGAACCCCUCGAUGAGAGUGAGGAUGAUGAUGAUGGUUUCAAUCAUGAGGCCAAACUCCUGAAGCAAGUGGCUUUCCCACCAGGCAUGGAAAGAGGGGAUAUCCAACCAUCCUCUUUGGUCAUCAAGGUUUCCAAAGCUAUCGGAAAGCGCUUGGCCAAACUUGGGGUGCACCAAGAAAGGCUAGCUUCGCCAAUCAACGAAACCCAGGGAAAGUUGCUCGACAAGGUCAAGAAUUUGACCAAGGACUUGACUGAGAAGGAUGAGAAAAUUGGUGAGCUCUACAGCGCAGGGUUGGUUAAUGGUUUCAACAAGGGGCUUCAGAAAAAUCUCCGCACCUUGUUUGAAGAGUCUCGGAAGCUGGCCAUUGACGCAGUCUGCAUCGACAGCCGGGUCUCGUUGGCCGCUACGAAGCCCAAACCCACCAAGUCGCCGGCUCCUAAGUCUGAUGGGAAGCCUGCCUCAGCAAAGGCAAAAGCUAAGGGUGAGGCAAAGGCCAAAGCAUUCCAAAAGAAACGUCCUUCUGGUGAUUCUACUGAAACACCAGUGUCCAAAAAGGCAAAGUAGGAUCUUUUACUUGUGCCAGCUGCACUGGGGUGACAGCUGGGGUUCACUGCCCAAUUUGGGCCAUUCCCUUUUGAACCAUGGCUGACAAAGGUUGGGAAUCAGGCAAUGGUAC